UCCUAUCCUCGAACCGAGACGGAGUGCUCUGGCUUCAGAAGGUCUCCACCCGAGAGUAUGGCGGUUGAGGAUGCUGGAAGAUACAGAAGAAUAGCUAUUCUGGAAUGCAGCAGCGUCCCUAACGAUUUCCAAAUGACGCUCGGCGGUGACGCGUGAUGCCUUGCAUGCUCGCCCUGGCGCUUUUAUAACCUAAAAUGCAUGCAAAUGCGUGUUAAACGAUUCAUUCUCUAAGCAGCUGUCGGGUUCUGGGUAUUCGAGGUAGCUAGAGAUGCCAUGAAGUCCGCGCAUUGGCUCUUUGUGCGCCUUUGUUAUUUGUCUCUGUGGUGAGUGUUGUAAUACAGCCAGCCAUGGCUCCGCGUCUGCUCGACUUCUGCGAUAUUCAAAGCAAGUUUCCCGUCGCGUCUGAUCGGUUUGGACACUGUUAGCUGGCUCCAUUACGCGCGUCACGUCGCAAUGCGCGAGUACAAGGUGGUGGUGCUGGGCAGCGGAGGGGUCGGGAAAUCCGCGCUCACGGUCCAGUUCGUGACCGGGACCUUCAUCGAGAAGUACGACCCGACCAUCGAAGACUUCUACCGCAAGGAGAUCGAGGUGGACUCGUCACCGUCGGUGCUGGAGAUCCUGGACACGGCGGGGACGGAGCAGUUCGCGUCCAUGCGGGAUCUCUACAUCAAGAACGGCCAGGGCUUCAUCCUGGUCUACAGCCUGGUCAACCAGCAGAGCUUCCAAGAUAUAAAGCCCAUGAGAGACCAGAUCAUCAGGGUGAAGAGGUACGAGCGUGUGCCCGUGAUACUCGUGGGAAACAAGGUGGACCUGGACAACGAGCGUGAGGUUUCGUCGAGCGAGGGUCAAGCUCUAGCUGAAGAAUGGGGCUGCCCGUUCAUGGAGACGUCGGCCAAGAGCAAAACCAUGGUGGACGAACUGUUCUCUGAGAUAGUCAGACAGAUGGACUACGCUUCUCAGCCGGAUAAAGAAGACCCAUGCUGCUCCUCCUGCAAUAUACAAUAACCACUCACAAUCACAUGAGGUUCUGAGAGGGGUUCAACAUAGAGAUCAUCAAUCAAGUGGUGUUCAUACACGUCAUGCCCAUGUGAAUGGCGUCUACACACUAGAGAAUGCUGCAGAUUCAUUGGGUUGAAUGGGAAUGAUGCAUUGCAAGGACAUACACAGCCAAUAGGGAAGGUUGUCUCAACGUUAUGAACAAACGUUCUUCCAGUAACAUAAACAGAAUGUUCGUUCAAAGUUUAAAAAUGUUCUCAGAAUGUUUGCACAAAAACAUUAUUUACACAUCAUUCAUGGAAUGUUUAUUUCUACAAUGUUACCUUUAAAUGCUACCAUUUGUUUUAGAAUGUUAGAGAGUAUUUAAUAGUAACGUUCCUCUAAUGUUUGCAAAAUGGAAUGUUCACAUAACCAAGAAAGAAUAGUUUUAAGACAUGAAAAAAAAGAAUGUUUUGAAUGUUCAGAGAUCAUUGAGAAAUAACGAAAUUGAAACUUUAGCCA